AUGUUGCCCACCGUUUACAGCGUUGAUUUAGCGGCCCGUUCAGGCGCCGCCGCUCUUUCUCGGACUCAAGAUUAUCCGAGAGCCAUGAGACUUCUUCAAGUGGGUCGGCUUGGAGCCGGCCAUCUACCUGUCCUUUUUGCCAUUGUCUUCACGGCCAUGUUGGGUAAGUUAUUUGAUUUUUUUGGUGUGUCUUUAGGUAACAUGAGUCAUUUUGUUGAUUUUUCCAGAUUAUCCGGACUAUAUCUUGAUGUUGAUGCUUUAUUGCAUUUUCAGGAGCAACGUACUGCUUUGCGGUUUAUCACGGAGAUGUGGAUCCCGUUUUUCCUUACAUCUCGGCCAAUGGAGAUAAUCGGCCAGAAAGUUGUGUGUUCUCAAUGCUGCUCAAUUUGUGUGCGCUUCUUUCGAUAGUAAUUGUCCAUCUUCGGUGAGAAUAUUUUUAUUUUACAACCGAAACCCUGAGAAUAACCAAAACAAUUGGGACUAAUUUAGGUAUUCCUUGAUUGCUGAACUCAAUCGAUCAUCAAAUUUAUUUUUGAAACGUUUGAAUGGGCUUGCACUGUAUCUUGGGACCUUCGGGGGUAUUGGAAUGUUUAUCGUGGCCAACUUCCAGGAGACGGCCGUUGUAAAAGUUCACUUGUUUGGGGCCUUCACUUGCUUUGGUUUCGGCGGUCUUUAUAUGGUAUUACAAGCUAUAAUUUCUCAUUUAAUGUGCCCUUUAUUCGCGGGUCGAAGGGCAGCCAAUAUCCGGAGUGUUCUAGCCGGGUUUAGUGUAGUUUCAUUCUUCGUGGGUAAGUUGUAAUAUACGUCAACUGUUUGAGGCCUGUUUUCAGCAGUGUAUUAUGGAGUAGCAGCCGCCAACGAGUUUCAUAAAUUCCAUCCAAAUGAUCCAACUCCACGGCCAUGGUCUCAUAAGCAAAUGCAUGAAGUAUGUUUUGUUCUCUACUAGCAGUAAUUACAUUAUAAUUGCUGACUUUGUUCUCUUUUUUUAGGGAUAUGAACUGCAUUGUGUUUCCGCAUUGGCUGAAUGGAUAUUGGCCCUCCUUAAUAUGGCCUUUAUCCUCUCCUUUUCACGAGAUUUUGAAAAGAUUCGGGUCGAUCUUCGAGUGAAUCCCUUGGUCGGGCAUCUUGAUCAGAGUCCUAUCUGGAGAUCCGAGUCUGAUUUGACUGGUGCUUCUCCCUAA